AUGACUUACGGGCUGGUCGUGCUAACCAGAGAGUGCCUUGGCAGCCGAUUAGACGCCUCCUUCGAUAAGAACAAUAUACUCCCCCUGCUGCUGGUGGUGAUGAUGGCGAUGAUGUUCCACGAGGUACACUGCAUCACGGUGCACAACAGUUACAGCAUCAAGCACAAUGUACCGCAUGGUGCGUCCGAACAUGUCACGUCAUCGCACACGUUCGAUACGAAAAACCCGGACCAUUGGGGCAACAAGCAGUACAAGGAGGUAACGAUCACCAAGAACGUGCCCGUCCCCGUUCCAAUCAAGUACGAGCGCCAUGUGGCCAUCCCAGUCCGGAUACCGGUACCGAUCGCAAUCCACAACAAGAUCCCCAUUCUGGUCGAACGAAAGGUGCCGGUGUAUGUCGAGAAACCGUUCCCUGUGCAGGUGGAUCGGCCUGUCCCGUACGCACUACCGAUUGAGGUCCCAGUCUUCCACAAAGUGGCCGUCGAAGUGCCAAAACCCUAUCCGGUGCACAUUCCCAAACCAUAUCCGGUCUUCAUCAAGAAGCCAGUGUACAUGAAGCAACGUCCACAGCCCGACGCUGGCCAGCGAGUGAAGAAAAGUCCCGGCAAGUUGUCGAUGGUGCAGCGGAUGAGAAUCUAG